UUUCUUUUGAAGAAAGCAAAUUAAAGCUUGGGUUGAGAGUGAAAUAGUGUUUUCCCUGUGAUUAUAUUCAGACUUAACUUUGCUUGGUCAAACCACAUUUUGGGCAGCUUUUGACUACUUUAAAAUCCAUCUGAAUAUGUGGAGAAUGUCUGACGUGAGGAACUUUCCUUCACUUCCUUUUGGAAUACUUUCACUUUUGUCUUGAUGGCGCAGUAACAAACAGCUGGGUUUUAAAACCAGCUGUUGGUCUCCAGCUGAGCUUCUUCUGGUGUUUCCAGCACAGUGACAACAUGGCAGCUGCAGCACCAUCUGAGGUAAAGAUCGGGAGACCAAUGAGUCACAGCAGCAGCUAUCAGUUAAUUCCCCCUACCAUGUCUGAACUGAGGGUUGUUCUGCUGGGGAACUGCUGGUCUGAGAGGAUUUUCGUGGGGAACUUCAUACUGAGAGAGACAAAGUUCAAAAGUGAGGACAAACCAGACUUUGUGACAGUCAGAGGACAGUUGAAGGAGAAGGAAAUCGUUCUCAUAAACACCCCAGACGUGCUGGUUCCCAACAUCUCUGAAGAGAAACUAGCCGAGUUUAUAGGAAAGUGUUUGAGACUCUCUGCUCCUGGACCUCAUGUGUUCCUGCUGGUUCUACGGCCUGAAGACUUCACCGAGGAACACAAACUGAGGCUCUGCAGAGUCCUUCAACUAUUCAGUUAUCAAUCAUUUGAUCAUUCACUGGUACUGAUAUCAACACACAGAGAGGGGAGUUCAGCUUCCAUGGACAAUGAUGAACCAGACCAGCCCUUAAAAGACAUAAUCAGAAUGUGUAGAUACAGAUAUUUGAAUCAGAAGAAACUUGAACUUCCAGAGCUGUUAACACGCUUGAGUCAAACUGCAAAGGAGAACAAUGGAGAGCAUGUCAGCUGUGAUGUCACUGAGGAUGAGGAUGCGGGUCUAUUUAUGGCAGUAAAGUCUGAACACAUCAAACCAGCUUUAAACCUGGUUCUGUGUGGGAGGAGAGGAGCAGGGAAGACUUCAGCAGCCAAGGCCCUUUUAGGUCAGACAGAGAUUCAUUCAGUCUCCAACUCAUCAGUGUGUGUUAAAAAUCAGGGAGAGGUGUGUGGAUGUCACGUUUCCCUGGUGGAGCUGCCUGCCUUGUAUGGAAAUCCUCAGGAGACAGUGAUGGAGGAAUCACUCAGGUGUAUCUCCCUCUGUGAUCCUGAGGGCGUCCAUGCCUUCAUCCUGGUCUUACCUGUGGAUCCUCUCACUGAUGAAGACAAGGGAGAGUUAGAGACCAUCCAGAACACAUUCAGCCCCCAAGUCAAUGACUUUACCAUGAUUCUGUUUACCGUGGAGUCAGAUCCUGCAGCUCCGGCUGUUAAUAUUGUAAAGGAGAACAAGGACAUCCAGGAGCUCUGUCAGAGCUGUGGAGGAAGAUAUUCUGUUCUCAACAUCAAGGACAAGCAGCAGAUCCAAGAGCUGUUGAAACAGAUGAGAGUUAAAGGAUCCAGAUGCUUCACGAAGGACAUGUUCACGAAGGUUCAGAUGGAGAAGGUCGUAAAGCUGGAGAACAUUAACACAAGACUUAAAGCUGAGCUGCAGGAUGUGAAACAGAGGAAUGUGGUGGAAGGUGAAAAUCAGAGCACAGAGUGUCUGAGGAUGGUGCUGAUUGGGAAGACUGGCAGAGGGAAGAGUGCAACAGCAAACACCAUUUUAGGCAAAAAGCAUUUCAAACCCCGGAUCCCCCCGAAGCCCAUGACCAAAUCUUGUGAGAAAGCAACAGGAGAGAUAAAUGGGCGGCCCGUUGUUGUGGUCAACAACCCCAUCUUAUUUGAUGAAACUCUGCCUGAUGAUGACGUUCAACGGGAGCUAUUGAAAUGCAUCAGCAUGUUGUCUCCUGGACCCCAUGUGUUUUUACUGGUGAUGCAGAUCGGGAACUUUACACAAGAGGAAAAAAACUGUGUGGAAGUGAUCAAGAAAUAUUUUGGCAAGAAGUCUGGAGAUUUCAUCAUUGUUAUAUUCACCAGAGGAGAUGAACUGGACGGUCAGUCAUUUAUGAGUUAUGUCGAAGACUGUGAUGUCUUUGUUAAAGAACUCAUAACAGACUGUGGAGGGAGAUACCAGGUCUUCAAUAACAAGGACUACACAGAUCGCACACAAGUCAGUGAGCUGCUGAUCAAGAUGGAGAACAUGGUGGAGAAAAAUGGCGGCUGCUACCGCACAGAGGAAUUCAUACAAAUACAAGUGGAGAGGAUUUUGAAGAAGAAGGAAGAAGGGAUGAAGAGAAAUUAUGAAGACCUCAAGAGAAAACAUGAGGAAGAUUUAAAAACACUGAAAAGGAAAGUCGAUCAAACUGAACAGGAGAGAAAAUGGAUAUCAAAACAGCUAAAGGACAAAGACGAAUGCAUCAGCAAGGAGCGUGAGGAGCGAAAGAAAGAACGGCACGAAGAAGAAAGGAGGCGAAAAAAACAAGAAGAAACUCAGCGACAUGAAUGGAGAAGAAAACUGGAAGCCUCAGAGAAAAUUGUUCAGUCAGAAAGAGAGCAAAGGGAAAAUGCUGAGAGGAAGCUGGAGCUGUGCAGAAAAGAGAAUAAGAGAGAUCGAGAUGCCUGGGACAAGGAAAGAAAGGACAUCUGGGAACGAAUACGUCAGGAGGAUAAACAGAGCCUGGAGGAGGGGAAAGCAAGCUACAGACAGCUCCAAGAAGAGUACUAUCGUAAGAGAAGAAAGUGGACGUAUAUUUUGUUUGCACUGUUGGUGUUUCUGCUGUUUUUCUUAUAUAAUGUUAUUCUGAGUUACACAGACACUACACAGACAAAAGAACAUGCAUGAAGAGAUUUACAGCUUGCUAGGCUGAUAAAGGGUGCAGUUUUACAUUUAUGGACUACAGAUGAAUGUCUGCCUCGUCAGGUUAAUCUCAUGGCUGGAAGCGAGUCAGUAAAAUACAUAAACAGAGAUACAAAAAUAAGUGAUCUGCUCACCAACCACAUGACUGACAGCACAAAUAAUUAAUAGUGUGUUGAAGUGUGUAGAAAUGGGAACUACCACCUGACUAAAAAUCAAAUGUUGUGGCUCCUAAAUUCAGUUCUCCGGACGUCAGGUAGGUUUUCUCAAGCCCUAGUCCACUAUGUGACGUGACAGGCUAUCAAUUUUACAAGACUGCACACUUUCAGUAUCCGAAGUCCAAUUUUUCCAGUGUGCCUGGUAACCUUUGGCAGGAGUUUUUUAAAUCAAUC